AUGGCAGCUUCCAUGGAAGUAUUCAGCCUCGGACCGCUGCCGCCACGGAGACACCCCUGGGUUCCCCCUAUUGAUGGAGUCCGCGACGUCCUUGAUGACUCGGACGACGGCAUUAACGACAACCGUCCAAUCCACCGAGUUGGGGACACGGACGAUGAAGGCGAUGACGAGGAUGGGGCGAACGGCUGCAGCCGCGACGACUCUGACGAUAGCGUCGCAUGCAUGCAUCCGCCUACCCUUCCUGACAAACCGAGAAAGGGAGGCCGCCCGACCCGCAAGGGACAACGGCCGACGUCUCCACGGGCCGGCGCGGCCGGUUCUCCAGUCGACCUGGUGACAGAGCAGCGGGGCGAGGAGGGGGCAACGCGGAAGAAAGCGUCCAAGGGCGCGUCGGGGGAUCCACUGGAUGUAGAUUCGGGAGGGUCGGAGCAGCCGGCGCCUAAGGGCAAGCAGAAGGCAUCCGUCAAGACUAGGAAGGCCGAGUCCGAGUCAGAGUCCGACACCACCCAUUCGCUGCGGUCGGCCCGGAGGAAGGUGACUCCUGAGCAGGGGAAGAAGCUUACCGAGGUGUCGAAGUCGACAUGCCCUGACCGAAUCAAGGAGCGCAACGCCGCGUUCGCUGCCGCCGACGAGGUGUCUAGGAAGAGGGUAAGGCAGGCUGUCCUGGCCCAGGAAGGCGUUGAGGGGGCUAAGCUGCUGAAGAGGAAGAAGGCCAAGGCGAAGAGCGCAGCGGUUGCGGCCCGGAAGGCGCCCCCCGGCACGAAGAAGGCAGCCGCAACACUCGACCCAUCUGCGGCGAAGAGCAAGACAAGUUUGAACAAGGCGGCCCCCGGCACGAAGAAGCCAGCCGAGAGGGCUGCCCCCGCCGCGGCGAACCUGGACUCAUGCAAGAACGAUCAGGCCAACCGCCUUACGGCUUCGGAAAAAUCUUUCCUGAAGAAACUCCUCGCCAAACAGAACGGGGUCGAGUCAGGGGACUUGGAGGAAGAUGAUGACGAGUCCGUUGACGACCUCGAGGACGCGCGCGCCGAGCCACACGGUGACCUCGAAAGUUACGACUCACAGGGCGCCGGCGAUGGCAAAGCUGACGAAGAUGAAGACUCCCCCCUGGACCACUUUCGGGACUGCCUCGCUGCCGCCCUGCCCUGGAAGAAAGCCUCUUUGAAGGUGAUGCGGGAGUGGCGCGCGGCACUGUAUCGUCUACGAAACACCCGAAUCGAGGGCGUCAACGCAGCGAUCACCACGAUCCAGAACGACUCGAAGGACGGGGACGGCAACACUCGUGGGGAACCCCAUGCCGACAGCCAACAGGUGGCUCCUUCAGCUUGCGGCAGGGGAUGUCUCUGCCACGACGACACCUGCUGUCCAGAAACGAAGCUCCUCAAGGAUGCCGUCAAGACGCACCCCAUCGAGGCGGACGACACGGAGGAACCCGUGGCUAGCGCCAAGCCAAAGAGCGCAAGCGGAAGGGUGGCAAGACCAACGUACACGCUCCAACUGAUUGCGCGUUGA